AUGUCCAUCGAAGAAGGUACCCACACGCUGCCCGACGGGCUCGAGGCGUAUACCAAAACUUGGAAGACAGAUGGAUCACCACGAGCAACCUUGGCAUUUAUCCACGGAUUCAGCGAUCACAGCAAUACCCAUUAUGAGCUAUUCCCAACUCUUGCCUCAUCGGGCAUCGAGGUUAGAGCUAUUGACCAGCGUGGUUGGGGCCGCACAUUCAAACGCCGCAAAGACCGCGGCAACAGCGGCGGCACAUCAGUCGUCCUGGCAGACCUGCACUCAUUUCUCCUCAGCUUUGCGCCGCAAGCCGAGGCCCAGGGGAUUCCUCUGUUUCUAGCCGGACAUAGCAUGGGCGGCGGCGAGAUCCUAACCUACGUUCUGCACCCGGACUCGCCAUACCGCAAGUCCGAUUCCCGACCCAAACUCGCCGGCCUGCUUGUUCUUUCACCGCUCAUCGCGCUGGAUCCGGCUUCGCGCCCCUGGACUUUGACCGUAAUCGCUGGAAGACUUGCAGGUCGACUUUUCCCUCGCAUGCAGCGGUACUCCCCGCUCGACCCUAACCAUGUGACGCGGGACAAGCAGGCUAUUGCUGAUUUCCAGGCUGACGAGUUGUGCCAUGAGACCGGUACCCUGGAGCAACUGGCAGGCAUGCUGGACCGGGGAUUGUGGCUAGAGCACCUCUCUAAGGACCAGAUUAAGGGCGUGGAUAUUUUGCCUAUGUGGCUUGCCCACGGCGAUGAGGAUCGAAUUACUAGCCACCCGGCCACAAAGCGGUUGGCCGAGCUGCUGGGGGAGAAGGGGGAUGUCGUGUUCGCUUCUUAUGCUGGUGCUUACCACAAGUUGCAGGCUGAGCUACCUGAAACUAGGACCCAGUUCGCAUCCGACCUUUUGGGUUGGAUUGAGGCUAAGCUGUGA